AUGCGACACGGGAUGGAGGGGCGGAGUACCUAUCGGGAACAACCCAAUUACGCUCGGGGAUCUUCAUUAUUCACGGCACAUUCAAAUCACAGCCACGACGAUCAUCGGCCUCUCUCAACUCAUAAGGCUCGUCGCUCCGUCUGGCCUCGCCUCGCCUCGAGUCGUCUUUUGGCUCCUGGGCUGUCCGCCUGUCCUACCUCUUGCUCCUCCCUGCGCCCGGAUCACGCACUUGGCAGAUUUCCUUGCCGCACUCUCAGCGCCACCAGAGCUCGUCGGCCGCGGCCACCAAACCGCCUGGCGCGACAAAAAAUUCUAUAUUCAAACCUCUUUUGUUCGAUUGCACGAUGCCCGAGCCCCGACGCUGCUGCUUUGAUAAAUCCUGCCCUGCGCUCCCCUUCCCCUCCCCCUCUCCACAGCCCGGCCCCCCGGCGGACGAGCGGGAGAGGUGCGCCGCGGGAUCCACUGCCGCUUCAGGGUUUCGCCUACGUCCUCCCUCGUACCCCGUACCCCGUACCCCGCUCCGAGCCGCGAUCCGGUCCGGCGCGCCCAGGUCCGGUCCGGCCCGGUCAGCUUGUCCCACUCUCCAGCGCAGGGUCGCACGCCGCGACCUUGCCAUGUCCGCGUCGUACGACCGUCCUCCCGGGAAACGCUCCUCCGGGCUUUACGUUAUCCCGAAUUUUCGGUCUUUCUUCGGGUCUCUCUGCGCGAUCGCAGCGACUCGACCGAAUUUCUGAAUUCUGCUCGUUUCUGAAUGCUGGGCGACGCAAUGCGACUACCGCGAGAACAGUUUUCGAGACCGACAACGGAGCGAGGGAGUACCAUUGUCAGGGGGUCAUAAAUAUGACACUGCGGGCGUCAUGA